AUGUUGAACGAUGAGUAUGUGCAACAUCUCUACAAUGGUAUUGAGUCUAGAGAGGUCUCGAGAAGUCGGCUAGAGGCCGCCGAUGUCCGGUGCGCGGAGCUGGAGGCAGAAGGAAAGCUGCUACGAAUAGGCAGUGAUAAGGUGGCAGCAAUGGAGGCUGAGCUCACCUCAUUGGCAGCUGAGGUCGAUCGACUAACGGUAGGGUUGCAAGAGGAGAGAAGGAGGAAUGACGCUCGAUGCGACCACUCGAACUGUGCUCCCGAGCAGAUUGCCCAAUUGGGGCGGCUCGAGCGUCGUCAAGAGGAGGGGAAGGUGACAGCUGAUGGCACAAUACGCGAUCUCCAAGAUAGCCUUAUGAAAGAAAGGAGCGAUCUACGACCACUCCCUCGGCAAGCAUUCGACAGGUCGAAAGUUAAUAGGGAGUCACUGCAACAGCAUGAAUCAAUUCGAAAUCACUCCGGCGAGAACAGCGUGGAGAAGGAGUCUGAUCGGCGGGAGGAAGGGCUCAUCAGGGUCCGAAGAGAGGAGGGAGAACAUCAUGAGUCCUUGUCGGGGCUGGCCAGCGAAGGGGCGAGAACGGAGGCCGCAGAAGAGAAAGUUCAGAAAUUAUACCAGCGUGUGGAAGAACUCCAGCAGCGGGUAGAUGAGAAGGCGACUGAGCUGAUCUCCGUCUCGAUCGAACGAGAUGAGCUCUCUCACAAACUAGAUAAAGCAAAUGAGAAGCUGACCUCUGCCGUCGAGCAAAUAGGAAUACUUGAAGCAGCAGUUGAGCGGGAAUCAUCGCAGAGGCAGUUGCUCAUUCUACAGCGUCACGGCUUGCAAGAGGAAUGUGAUAGACUCACAACGACGGUGGAAAGGCUGGAUCGGAUCAACACUGAGAACAUCCUCACCAAAGGGCAGGCCGGAAGACGGAUCAGCGAUGGAUUGGUCGAGGAGGUACGAGGCUACGAGGAAGGAGGACUAGCCAGCAGGGUCACUAACCAGACCAGUCUCGACCAGAGCUCCGUGGGUGUACUCAUUGAUUUAAUGGUACAUAAGUUGCAGGCACGGCAGUUGAUUACAAUGUCUCUGGAAGAUUACAACGCUGAGUGUACCCGGGUUGCUGAGGUCACUGAACAACUUUUGAAGGAACGACGGACAGUCCAACGCCUUUUGGAUGAGGUUACUAGUUCACCACAGAAGAGACACUGA